CGUUACAACAUGUAAACAACUCACGCUGACGUGGCCUGUCGCAAUUGGCUGGUACCCGACAAACACGCAAACAAAGAAAAAAGAGAAAACCCGGGAAAACAGCUCACUGGCGGAGUCGGAGUCUUGACCCGAACCGAAACGGUGACGGUGCAGCUGACUCGAAGCUCCGUAGCUUGGGUGAACGUCGAGUUCCUCGUAUAAAUUCAGUCAAUUCAUAGUCUGUCACCUUCAGAACUCGUUCUCUUUGAAUCGAGAGAGAUAUAUAAAUCUCCGUUUUCCUGAACAAGACGGAAUAGCAGAUCCUCUGUAUUGGCAGAGAUACAAUCCCACUGGUAAUUACGAUCACUCAAUUUUUUAAAAUUGUGUAAAAUUUGGGGUUCUUUUAUAAUUUAGAUUCAGAUCCGAGAUUUUUUGUUUGUUGUGCAAUGUGGGUUGUCGUUGGUUUGAAGCUUUCACUUCGGUUGAGGAUGCUUUCCUUGUUUUGUAAGGUUCGUCCCAAUGAUGUUUGUUGCGGCUGCUGCUCUGUUUUUCCUCCCUUCCAUCACACCGAGUUUGGUGGAGUUGUUAGUGUGGUUGAUUAGUUUUUACUUUGUUGAUGAUUAUUUUAGGCUAGUCUAAUUCAUUGCAGAUUUCAAUUUCGGUUUGUAUAAAACUGCUGUCUUUCUGUGUCAUUGCAUCUCACAGCCAGAGUUUUUUAGAUAUUUUUCACCUAGUAUUCUGAUCUGGGUUCUGAAUUUCUUAGGUUGGUUUUCUGCAUUUGAUGUUUGCGUCUUUCAUUUUUGUUUUUCUUUUAGGGUGUCUGCCUCUUGUUUAUGGCAUUAUCAUGAUUCUUCAUUUGGGUGAUUGCAUUUGCAGUGGAGAAUGUUGUGGGGCUGACUUUUGCAUUUGGUAAUUUGUUUGUUUUAGGGUAUCGGAAAUUUUGAUUCACAAGAAUGGCUCAGUCCAAUGGAGAUCACAACUCUGCAGCUAAGCCACCACCAACUCCAUCUCCCUUGAGAUUCUCCAAGUUUUUUCAGUCCAACAUGAGGAUUUUGGUCACUGGAGGAGCCGGUUUCAUUGGCUCCCACCUUGUUGACAAAUUGAUGGAGAACGAAAAGAAUGAGGUGAUUGUUGCUGACAAUUACUUCACUGGCUCAAAGGACAACCUUAAGAAGUGGAUUGGUCAUCCGAGAUUCGAGCUCAUCCGUCAUGAUGUGACUGAACCUUUGCUGGUUGAAGUUGAUCAAAUUUACCACCUUGCCUGCCCAGCUUCUCCAAUAUUCUACAAGUACAACCCUGUGAAGACCAUUAAGACAAAUGUGAUUGGUACAUUGAACAUGUUGGGGCUUGCCAAGAGAGUUGGAGCUAGGAUUCUGUUGACCUCAACUUCUGAGGUUUAUGGCGAUCCCCUUAUUCAUCCUCAAGAGGAGAGCUACUGGGGAAAUGUCAACCCCAUUGGAGUCAGGAGUUGCUAUGAUGAGGGAAAGCGAGUGGCAGAAACUUUGAUGUUCGACUAUCACAGGCAGCACGGCAUUGAGAUCAGAAUUGCCAGAAUUUUCAACACCUAUGGACCUCGCAUGAACAUUGACGAUGGUCGUGUUGUCAGCAACUUCAUUGCUCAAGCUCUUCGCAAUGAGCCUUUGACUGUUCAAGCACCCGGAACACAAACCCGAAGCUUCUGUUAUGUCUCCGACAUGGUUGAUGGUCUUAUGAAGUUGAUGAACGGAGAAAACACUGGACCAAUCAACAUUGGAAAUCCUGGUGAAUUCACCAUGAUUGAGCUUGCUGAGAAUGUCAAGGAGCUUAUCAAUCCAAAGGUGGAGAUAAAAAUGGUGGAGAACACGCCAGACGAUCCUCGACAGAGAAAGCCGAACAUCACGAAGGCCAGGGAAUUGCUGAAAUGGGAACCCAAGAUCAAGCUGAAGGACGGGCUUCCACUAAUGGAGGAAGAUUUCAGGCUGAGACUUGGUGUCCCCAGAAACAACUGAUCGAAAUAACAAACAAAACAAGGCUUAGACCUGCUGAUGCUGCAUUGCUGUGGAUGAGUCCCCGUCGAUUGAGUUUCGUAUUCCUCUUCUCCUUUCUUUCCAGUAUAGUACAUUCACUAUUAUUUGUUCAAAGCUAUAGUAGUUCAUACAGGACUGCAGGUGUCUUUUUACUGCUCUUGUUUGAUCUCCUUAAGGUCGUAUCAUAAGUUGAUCAUAAAUCGAAAAUUACAAGUUCCCUUUGCCUCUUGUGCUUGUAGAAAACUCAGUACUAUUAAUAGUACGAGUCUGUAAACUUCAUAAUCAAGAUUUGCAAACUCC